UUAUAAUUCAAACACACAGUUGACUUACUACAGAAAGAGUAACUAAGCUCUCUAUAUACCAACAUCAUAUGCUCUUCAUUUCAUUAACAUAGAGCUAGAGCUAGAGUUGAAACAUUAAGAGAUGAGGAAAAAGAAACUAUUAGUAUGGGAUAUGAAUAAUAUGAUUGAGAGUAUUUUCAUGAUGUUGUUGAUCAUUGGAGCAUUAGCUACUAUGGUUUUCUAUUAUGUGGGCAUGAUCAAUGAAGAGAAGAUAAUAAUGAUAAAGAGACCAACUCAAGUAGUUUAUAAUACAUCUAUUUAUGAUUCAUUAGAUGGGUGUGAUUUGUUCUCUGGCAAAUGGGUUCCUUCAGGGGAUAAUUAUGAUUCAUAUCCCCUUUAUAAAGAGUUGGAAUGCCCAUAUAUUUUUGGUGAUUUUGCUUGUAGAAAAUAUGGUAGAAUGGAUUUCAACUAUCAAAAGUGGAGAUGGCAACCCCAUAGUUGUAACCUUCCAAGGUUUGAUGCAAAAGAAGUUCUUGAAAGACUGAGGGGUAAACGGAUAAUCUUCAUUGGGGAUUCAGUCAACAAAAAUCAGUGGUUGUCAUUGGUUUGUAUGCUUCAAGGUGUCAUUCCCGUUGGACUAAAGAAAAUGAAAAAAAUUCGUCAUGUCUCUUUGAUCACCUUCAAGGCAUUUGAAUAUGAUGUUUCCAUUGACUUCUAUUGGGCUCCAUUGCUGGUGGAAUCUAAUGGUGACCAUCUGGCAAAACAUAGAGGAACUGAUCGCAUGGUUCGAAUCAAAUCCAUACUUAAACAUGCCAAAUAUUGGGUCAGUGCAGACAUAUUGGUCUUUAACUCAUAUCUAUGGUGGAAGAUGCCUACAAUAAAAAUCUUAAAUGGUUCAUUCGAAGAUUCCAAGCAAUACGACAUAGUCAAUAGUCAUCAAGCUUACAGAAUGGUUCUUAAAACAUGGUCUAACUGGUUACAUUAUCAUAUAAAUCAUACAAAGACUCAAUCAUAUUUUAUGAGUAUGACUGCAACUCAUCAUAGUGGUGUGGAUUGGGGCUUGAAAGGUGAUCAAAACUGUUUCAAUGAGACAGAGCCAAUAAUGAGGACUGGGUUUUGGGAAAGUGGAUCUGAUAUGAAGAUGCUAAGAAGUUUAGAGUCUUCAUUGAAUAAAUUGAAAGCAAGAGGGGUAACUGUGAAAAUGAUGAAUAUAACACAAUUAACACAAUAUCGAAAAGAUGCACAUCCUUCUAUUCAUAGAUUGCAUUAUUCUCCAUUGACAAAGGAACAAUUAUCCAACCCCUCAAGUUAUGCGGACUGUACACAUUGGUGCCUUCCUGGUGUCCCCGAUGUUUGGAAUGAGCUACUCUUGACUUACAUUCUUCGAAAACAUAAAUAACUUAUAGUGUUUGUUUUAGGAUAAUUCAACUUUUAGCAUCAAACAUAUAUACAAUUUCUUCUUCACUUACAAAUUCGAUCUCAUUUGAUA